AUGGUUUCUUUUCAAGCUCAUCCCCUUUCUCCAAACCAGAAGAAGGCAAUCACAGAGUCUGAGAAUUCAUCCAAGAAAAGAAAGUGGGAUGAUGAGCCAUAUGAUGGUCACGAUCAUGAUCAAGUUGAACAAAUUUUCGAAAAGCGUUGGAAACCACUAAACACAGCCAAAUCCUUGUUUGAUAUUGAGCUUCACCAAGAGACUCCAUUGCCUUUGGAGUGGCAAAGAUGCCUUGAUAUUCAGUCAGGGCAGAUACACUUUUACAAUACAAGAACACACAUGAAGACUUCUAGGGACCCAAGGAGGAGCCCUGAGCCCCCAAGUCCAGCUCCUCACAUGAGCUUAGACCUUGAGCUCAACUUGAGAUCCUGUGAAUCAAUGAUCAGGAAAGCCAAUAUUUCAGAUCACAGCAGUGAAAAACUCCAGGCCUAA